UGUGCUGUGGGCAGAUGGGGUGCAUUCCACUACUGUUUUGUAGCUACUGUCUGCCGUAUGUGGGCUUCAUUCCAUUUCAGAUUGCCGUCCGUCUGCCGUAACCGAAUCCAAACACCACUAAUAAAUAUAUAAAUAAGAAGAAAAAAAAUAAGGCUGAGCACGGAAGAACCAGAGAGGAAACACCAUCACAUGGAGCCGCUACCCCUGGCAACCGGGCCACCCUCCACUCCACCAGGGGAGAGCGGACCCCAAGCCAGCGCCACAGAGCAACAGUUGUCAUGGGGAGGUAAUUUAGGUUUUUUCAUCAGCUGUGACGUCCAAGUUGUGAACAGGUCCCUUCCUAUCCUAUAAAUCUGUCCUUGUGUGACCCCUUUACUGGUAAUGCUUUGUCAGUAAUGGUUCAUCUGAACAGCUCUUAAACCUGCUAUAACACUUUCUUAAUGUAUAAUCAUCCCAAUAAUAAAUUCCCACUGUAAACCUUUGUCAACCUGAUAUCUUUGGAACUUUAAUUCUGAACUUUGGAGUGAUUUUUUUUUUUUUUUUAAAUGGUGUCAGCUGUGAGUUAUCUUUGACUGAACCCAGUAAUACCAAUACCAAUCAGUUUUUUUUCCAGGUUAGUUAGAACAUAAUACCGCCAUAAAAUCUGACGCUCAGUUGGGAACUGAUCUGAAGAGUUGAUCCAUCUGCCCGGAAGAUGCAGUAUAAAUUGAUCAAACUGCACUGAUAGCUGCAGUCAAUAAAUAAAGUGAACUUUGGAAGUGUGAUAACUUUUGGAUCAUUAUUUCAAAAUGAAUAUUUAUUUCCCUGUUGUUGGUAUAUAUAAGCUCUCUUCACGCUACUUCCUGCAGACACUGACACAUUUGAUUCUGUUCAAGCAGGUGAGAUUGUAAAGUUGCAUGCAAUUUAUAUAGAUAUCUGUAUAUCUACUGCUUUCAUAAGACAAAGUCAUCGCUUUGUUUGUUUUACAUGUGACUUUUUAAUCAUCUCUUGCAGCUGUCCAGUUCAUCGCUGUAAACAAUGAGGCUCGUGUUUCUUCUCUGUGCUGCCUUCGCUCUGAGUGCUGCAGGUCCAUUAGAGGAGAUGAUGGAUGUCCAGCAGAACAUACAGCAGGGAAUGUUUGAGAAGGUGGAGGCUGUGUCGGUGGUGGAGAAACAGGAAGAGAGCAAGAUGCCAGAUGAUGACAAGCAGAGCUGGCACAGCUGUCCUGCCAGUUGGUCCAAAUAUGGAUCCAGAUGUUUUAACUUCAUCCCCAGAGAGAUGCCCUGGAUAGAUGCAGAGAAAUAUUGUUUGCGUAACGGUGCCAACCUGGCCUCCAUCCACAACCCAGGAGAGUAUGGGUUCAUUCAGGAGAUGAUAAGAGGGAAAACGGGUCGUUACCCUCGAGCCUGGAUCGGCGGCACCGAUGGAAUUAAGGACGGGACCUGGUUCUGGAGUGAUGGAUCAGGAUUUAAUUUCCAGAACUGGGGCAAAGGAGAGCCCAACAAUGUUGGUGGCCAAGAGAAGUGCCUUGAGAUGAACCACUCAGAGGACCUCCUCUGGAACGAUCUGCCCUGUGAGUUAGAGCUCGCUUUCGUCUGUGGAACAAGACCAUAAAGUUCUGUUUAAAAGUAUUUUAGAAUCCUUAUUUCUGUGUCUUGACCUGCAAGUGUGCACAAACCCUGUGCCACACAAUACUGUUUAAAAUGCACAGAAAGACAUGUGAGU